AUGUCACCUGUUGUUGAAUUGAAUGUGGGGGGUGAGCUGUACACCACCACGGUGGGCACCCUGAAAAAAAUCCCAGGCUCCAAGCUGGCAGAAAUGUUCAGCCCAGCCAAGCCACCUUGGCUUGAUUCCCAAGGCAGAAUCUUCAUUGACCGACCAGGCACCCAUUUUCGACCCAUCCUAGAAUAUCUCCGCCGUGGGCAGCUGCCCACACACAGCAUCCCAGAGGUAUAUAGAGAAGCCCAGUUCUAUGAGAUCCAACCGUUGGUCAAGCUCCUAGAGGAUACACCCCAGAUCUUUGGUGAGCAAGUAGCCAGGAAGCAGUUCUUGCUCCGAGUGCCAGGAUACAAUGAGAACCUUGAGCUCAUGAUACGGAUUGCCAGAGCCGAGGCUGUGGCAGCUCGAUGUUCUGGUGUAGUGGUGUGUGCUGUGCGGACUGAGGAAGAUGCUACUCGCUGCCUCGAUGCCUUACAGACUAUGGAGACAGACAAGAGAACGGUGGUCAAGUUUGGGCCCUGGAAGGCAUCUCCAGCCAUCACUGACCUGUUGGAUUGUGUCAAGAUGGACAUUGAAGCUCAGGGGUACUCUGUUUCUUACCAGCCCUAUGCGGCUGAGAAGGGCUUCCGUAUCAAGUCCUCAGAUUACUUUUAUAAAUUCACUUUCACAUGGUGGUGAUCCAUUCCCCCUACCACUGAUCUAAGAAUUGCUACUUCUGGCUAGUGAUGAUACUUGUUAA